AUUUCCUAACAGAAAUCUGAGUGGAUGACAACUACAUGCAACCAUGCACUUUAUGCAAUCUGUGAUGUAUUUACCCAAUUUUAUGAAGCUUUAAAUGAGAUCCUUCUUCCUGAUAUAUUUGCACAGUUACACUGGUGUGUAAAACAAGAUAAUGAGCAGUUGGCUCGAUCAGGUACAAAUUGUCUAGAAAAUCUGGUAAUACUGAACGGACAGAAAUUCAGUCCUGAAGUCUGGGGCCAAACGUGCACUUGUAUGCUAGAAAUCUUCAAAACUACCAUUCCUCAUGUCUUGCUUACAUGGAGGCCUGCAGGCAUGGAGGAGGAUUCGGCUGAAAAACACUUGGAUUUGGAUCUAGAUCACCAGUCUCUAAGCAGCAUGGAUAAAAAUGCUUCAGAAAGAGGACAGAGUCAAUUUUCAAAUCCUACAGAUGAAAGCUGGAAAGGUGGUGCUUAUACAAACCAGAAAUUAUUUGCUGGCCUUCUUAUAAAGUGUGUGGUACAGCUGGAAUUGAUACAGACCAUUGAUAAUAUAGUAUUUUAUCCAGCAACAAGCAAGAAGGAAGAUGCUGAGCACAUGGCUGCAGCUCAG